UCGCGCCAUCUGCAUUCGUUAAGUUUUUUUUGUGGCUCUGCGACGCGGUGACGGCAGAAAUGGAAAUUUUGUGAAAGUCACCACCAGAAGCCCUCUUCACUCCAUUCCCUACUGCUUCCUGUUCAUUUACGUUGUUGCUUUUGUUGCUAUUGGGUGCCUCAACAUGCCCCGCAGACGGGAAACAGCUCAGAAUCAGGGCAAGGCCGGAGAGAUUUUCCGCGGCAUUGCGUGGGGCAUCUUCACACAGAUCAUCAUCAUACUGCACAUUCUCAUCGAUAAGGUGCUGGAGACGGUGCUGGAGUGGUAUUGGAAGGAGAAGAAGACGUGCAGCUCGCUGAGGGAGAACUUCUUCGUCAGCAAGAGCGCCACUGAGAUUGCCAAUCUUAUCCGGAACGGUGAAUUGACAUCAUAUCAAGUCGUUAAGGCCUAUAUUGAUCGCAUGAGAGAGGUGAAUCCGCAGAUAAAUGCCGUUGCGGAUGGUCCCUUCGAGAGUGCCCUCGCGGAGGCGCAGCAGAUUGAUGAGCGACUGGAGAAGGGCGAAGUGACGGCCAAGGAGUUCUCUGAGAAGCCCUUCCUGGGCGUUCCCUUCACCACCAAGGACAGCACUGCCGUGGAGGGCGCCCUGCACACUCUGGGACUCAUCUCAAGGCGCACCGCCAGGGCGACGGAAGACGCCGAGUGUGUGAGACUGAUGAGAGAGGCCGGAGCUGUGAUGAUCGCCACAACGACUGUCCCGGAGGUGAACAGGUGGCAAGAGACGCGCAACAAUGUCACGGGCAUUACGAAUAAUCCCUACGACCUGCGCCGCACCGUGGGCGGCUCGUCAGGCGGCGAGGCUGCAGUGAUCAGCGCCUGUGGAAGUGCCUUUGGAAUAGGAACUGAUAUUGGCGGAUCCAUUCGCAUGCCGGCCUUCUACUGUGGCAUCUACGGACACAAGCCCACUUCGGGACUGGUAAACAUGCGCGGAUGCACCUUUAGGACGGGCAAAGAGCGAUCCACUAUGGUUGUGGCGGGACCAAUGACGAGAUACGCUAAGGAUUUGCUGUCCAUCUUCAAGGUUCUCGUUGGACCCAAGCUCACAUCCACGCUGGAGCUCAAUGUGAAGGUGAAUGUGAAGAAGCUGCGGUACUUCUAUUGCUCGUCAAUUGAGGAUCUCAAGGUGGCGAGAGUGAAUGGUGAGAUGAUGGGUGCACUGAGGCGGGCGAUCAAUCACCUGGACAGUGUCGGUGAGCGUCCCUGCACGCAAAUCACUAUUCCGCACACGGAGAUGGCAACGAAGCUGUGGCGCUAUUGGAUGCGCAAGGAGCCGCAGGGCUUCGACAUGCUCCUGGGAAAUGGCACACAAGUGAACGGAGUGGUUGAGCUGGUGAAGAAGAUCCUCGGACAGAGUGACUUCACGCUGGCGUCGAUUUACUCUCUGCUGGAUGGAAUGUUGCCGGCGGGGAAUCAGGCAAAGCUGGAGGGCAUCACGAGGACAAUCAUCAGUCACUUGAAGGAUCUCCUUGGGUAUGAUGGAGUGCUGCUGGUGCCCAGUGCUCCCAGCACGGCCGGCUUCCACUACUCCGCCCUCGUGCAGGUGUACAAGUUCAGCUACUGGAGCCUCUUCAACUCCCUCCAUCUGCCCACCACGCAAGUGCCGCUGGGCAUGGAUUCCAAGGCGCUGCCGCUGGGACUGCAGAUCGUGGCAGCGCCCAACUGUGACCGGCUGUGCUUAGCCGUAGCGGAGGAGCUGGAGACUGCCCUGGGCGGUUGGACGGCGCCCUUCACGGCGGCCUCUUAAGCAUUCCUACGAAAUGGUGAUGGUAUUAACACUGUAGAAUGAUCGUGCUUGAUCGGCAUUUAUUGCUUCAACAGGGAUUUAAAAUAAAUAGCCUCUUCCAUGCA